AUACUCAAUUCGCCGCGGACGUAAACAACACUGAAUUUAGAUAAUUCCAAAAUCCAAAUCCUGGUUAAUUCAGGAUGCCCUUUGUGUUUAAUUCGUAGUUGUCAGUGAGAAAAAUAUGUACAAUUUGUGAAAGCAAUCAGAUUACGGGCCUGUAAGCAUUGUGACGCGGCCCCAACAAACGGGAAAAUAUCAAUACGAGCGAAGAAAAGAAACCAUUCUUUGUGCAGCAGCAAAAGUAUAUAAUAAUAGACGCACCAACACAAACACGGUGCCCAGAGCCAAAGAGCGUUGCGUUGAGCCUCGAAAGAACAUAAAAGUGCAAUAUAUUGUGUCCGUUUGGCAAAAAUCGAACUAAAACGAGCCAGAGAGCCAGUGAAAUUGGUGAAAUAUCAAGCUGCGUUUGCUAUAAAUAAAGCAGCGACAGCAGCAGCAGCCAGAGGACGACAGCAUCUGUUUAUCAUCGAAAAUAAACAAAAGGCCCAGCCAGCCAGCGCGCAUCAAAGACAAAGACGAGAGAACUGAACCCUAGGGGUCGCAGCCCCAAAGAGAAACAGCCCUAAGUCUGCACGACUAUGCGAUACCCUGCCGCGAUCUCCGACAUCUAAAGAGGAGUACGCACCCCCCAUCCAUUAUCCCCGGACCGGACGAGCCAUGCCUUGCGAUAACGCCAAAACUUCUUCAGACAUCGAGCAUGUGGAUUGGAACUCCGGCCAGCACUAUGCCAAUGUCAGAUUCGGUUCUGGCAGCAGCCAGGCCUCGCAAAAUAGCGGUGACAUCUGCCGCAUCUGCCACUGCGAGAGUGAUCCUUUGAAUCCCUUGCUGACGCCCUGCUAUUGCUCCGGCAGCCUCAAGUACGUGCACCAGGCAUGCCUGCAGCAAUGGCUAACCGCCUCCGAGACGAACUCCUGCGAGCUGUGCAAGUUCCCCUUCAUCAUGCACACCAAGAUCAAACCCUUCAACGAGUGGCGCAGCCUUGACAUCUCCGGUAUUGAGCGGCGUCGCCUCUGCUGCUCGGUGCUGUUCCAUUGCGCGGCCGCCCUGUGCGUCAUCUGGUCGCUGUGUGUGCUCAUCGAGCGGGCUGCAGACGACGUGCAACGUGGUCUCAUAGACUGGCCCUUCUGGACAAAGCUGGCCGUAGUCACCGUGGGACUCACUGGGGGCAUCGUCUUCAUGUACAUCCAGUGCAAGGCCUAUCUGCAUCUCUGCCACCGCUGGAAGGCACGCAACAGAAUCCUGCUGAUUCAGAAUGCGCCGGAGAAGAUCCAUCCAUUGGCCCCGCCUUCACCAGUGGCCGCCCGUCAUCAUCAGCAGUUCAGUGAGCCUCUUUCACACGGUGGGACAUCCAGUGGAGCGGUGGAGAUCAAUGCCUCUGGCUUGGCUGUAGCCCACGCCGCACACGAUUCGAGCUGUGCGGCACUGGAGAGCGGUGCUGGCGCGGGCGGCCUCAGCCAGCAACAGAAGCAGUUGCAACAGCGGCUGCUGAAUGCCUCGCCACAACACAUGCUGCAGUUGGCCGCCGAGCUAGAGGUGCCGCACAGCAGCAGCAGUGCUUGCACACAAACCGAGGACCCGCUGGGACAGCGUCAGCAGCUACCGGGCCAGCCACUGGGUCAGGUGGCAGUGGCCGCCAACAUUGAGUGCUCGCAGUCGCAGCAUAACUACGACCGUGACUGGGCGCUGGACGAUGUGGUGUCACAGAUCUCCUCGUUUAGGCCCUGUCCCCAGGGAUCGGGCAGCAUGACGCCCUUUCACGACUCCAUACACAACGUGCUGGAGCACUCAGAGGGCUCGAGUCGCGGCUCGGCCACUGAUUUGUGUGUCGGCUCGCGGCAGGAUCUCAGUGCCAGCGGAAUAUCUACAGACACGGGCCGCGAGCACGCCCUCCAGCUCAGCAGCUUCAGUGGCAGCGGGGAACAGAAGGCGCCCUCGAUCAGCUCGGGAGUGUCGCAUGCCGUGGCCAACGGGCUGGGAGGAUUCGUAUACAAGCCGCACCAGACGAAGCGCUACUCUAACUCGUCCAUCUUUCUGGAGAACCGUGAUAUGCUGAACGACCCGAGCGUGGGCCUGGACAACGCUGUGCACCCGUACGACUACAGCACGCCGCCAAAGAUAGACUACCGCCACUCGAGCAUCCUGGGCUCGGACCAGCCCAUCGGCUGCUGUGCCGCCGACUGUCUGGGCAAGGGCGAUGGUAAGGAGGAGCUGCGCCGCUACUCAGACCCCAAGCUAAAGGCUAGUGCAGCAGACACCGUGCUGGACAUUGACCUGCCCACGUCGCCACUGUCGCCGCCAGCCGCCUACGCCAGCCAGCAUCCGCAGCCCACUCUUGUCAUGCACCGCUCCUUCGACAGAGGCGUGAACGGUUCCUGCGCUGGACCGGACGGCAGAUGCAAGGGACACAGUGCCGCCGAUGCCCAAAUGGAUCGUUCGCGCCUCUUCUUCAAGUCGUUGCCAAAUCUCAGCAGCAGCUGCGAGAGUCUCAUCAAAAAGUGAUUGAAGCCCCCCCUCUAAGAGCUCUCUAUAUCCCCUCUAUACCCUCCCCUGGCCGGAACCCCUUUGUUCUCAAGUAUUCAUCGCUGGUCGAAGCCGACCAACGAUCCACUAUACAAGAUAUCCACAGCUGGAGAUGGACAUGUUUCUUUUUAUACCGCACACGCCCUGCUUUAACGACUCUUGCCAAGCGGAGGAUCCACUUAGUUGUUCUUCUUCUUGUUUUACAUAUUAUAGCAACCCCCAUAAACAAUUUGAGACUGCAAAGAAAACCACUUAAAGGAAGAUAAAUACUGUACGAUACGAUAGGAGCAGGUGUGGAAAGUGUUCUUCAUUUGGACAGAAAAAGAAUGUGUGGAAUAUAACUAGUUUUAGUCGCUAAUUUGUCUCAGCACUCUUGAUCCACAAACCCCAAAAGCACAUCCAGCAUCCCACACAUGUACGCCAGACAUUUCACUUGAGUUCCACAGCCCGCUGUCCAAAGCCAAAAAAAGAUCCACAAAAACCAACAAAGGAAAGUAAUAUUUAGUACGAGAUGGAAUGAUGGAGGAAAGGAAGGAGAAUCGAAGGAUCGUCAUGGUCUGAUGAUGUGAAUUGUGUACUUUGUUUCUUAACUUCUAAGUCAAAUGAAAUUUUAAAAAUUGA